AAGAGGCGCGGCCUCGCUUGUAGCUGCCGCGGGGGUGAUUGGCUGAAGCUGUCGGGGGCGGGACUCGGUUGCCAGGGAGCGGCGCGGGGAGCCUGGGGCUCUGCGGCGGCUGCGCGAAGAAGCGAGGUGGUUGCUGGGGCUGGGGCUGCGCGACCGCACUGGGGGCUGCGGUGAGCGCCGCGCAGGCCGUGCAAUUCCCAGUGGAGAGGCGCCGCCGCCAUUGCCGCCUCGCUCGGUGAGCGCGUCCCGCUCGCCGAGCAGGGCCCCAGCGGGCCGCCGGCACCAUGGGUCAGUGCGGCAUCACCUCCUCCAAGACCGUGCUGGUGUUUCUCAACCUCAUCUUCUGGGGGGCAGCUGGAAUUUUAUGCUAUGUGGGAGCCUAUGUCUUUAUCACUUACGAUGACUAUGACCACUUCUUUGAAGAUGUGUAUACUCUCAUCCCUGCAGUAGUGAUCAUAGCUGUAGGAGCCCUGCUUUUCAUUAUUGGCCUAAUUGGCUGCUGCGCCACAAUCCGAGAAAGCCGCUGUGGACUGGCCACGUUUGUCAUCAUCCUACUCUUGGUUUUUGUCACAGAAGUUGUUGUAGUGGUUUUGGGAUACGUUUACAGAGCAAAGGUGGAAAAUGAGGUUGAUCGCAGCAUUCAGAAAGUAUAUAAGACCUACAAUGGAACCAACCCUGAUGCUGCUAGCCGGGCUAUUGAUUAUGUACAGAGACAGCUGCAUUGUUGUGGAAUUCACAACUAUUCAGACUGGGAAAACACAGACUGGUUCAAAGAAACCAAAAACCAGAGUGUCCCUCUCAGCUGCUGCAGAGAGACCGCCAGCAGCUGUAAUGGCAGUCUGGCCCACCCCUCUGACCUUUAUGCUGAGGGAUGUGAGGCUCUAGUUGUGAAGAAGCUACAAGAAAUCAUGAUGCACGUUAUCUGGGCGGCGCUGGCGUUUGCAGCUAUUCAGCUGCUGGGCAUGUUGUGUGCAUGCAUCGUAUUGUGCAGAAGGAGUAGAGAUCCUGCUUAUGAGCUCCUCAUCACCGGCGGAACCUAUGCAUAGUAGAAAAUGCAAGCCUGAGCUUUUUUUAGUCUUGUUGUUUUGAUUUGGAAGGUGAAUUGAGCAGGUCUACUGCAUUAGCGGCCUGCGUUCAUUUAGUUAAAGCACACAGGUGUUGGACAAAGCAGCUUGGCUCUUCAUGUGCCCACCUACUUCCCUACCCACCCAGGAUUUUCUAUUCCUCUAGUCUAGCUGACUCUUCAUGUCCCUAAGUUUUUAAGUAUGGCAGUAUAUGUUCUCAUUUCAGAACCAUUUGCAGGUUGCAUAGUGUGGGAGAACCAAAGGAGGGCCUGGGCCUGCUUCUGUGACCUCCGUGCAGUAACAGGGCUGCUGCCAGAGUAUCACUGGGCCCUUUCAGUCUUCAUGAUGGAGAACUCGGGGCCAAAGGUUUUUGGGGGGAGGGGAAGGAAGCCAGCUGCGGUUAAAGUUAACACCAGAUGCUGUGCCCCUCGUCAGUGUCCUUUUAAAAAAACAUAUACUGUAGUCCAAUAAGAUAGCAACUGUAUAAAAAUUGCUAAAAUAGAUUUUAGAAUCAUACAGUGUGUCUCUUGGUUCAUCUUCAAAAUCAGACUGGUUUUUGAAACUAGCAGUUUUUAAUCAAAGCUGGCUUUAUAGGAGGAGUAUAAUGUAUGCACUACUGUUUUAAAACAAUUAGUGUGAGUGUGUGUGUGUAUUUUUGUAUGAUUGAGCCCAUCCAUUAUAAGUCUAAACUCGUUAGGAUUAAUGUACCCAUGUAGACUAGCAAAAUAGUAUGUAGAUGUGAUCUCAGUUGUAAAUAGAAAAAUCUAAUUCAAUAAACUCUGUAUCACCCCUCAA